AUGUCUUCUUCUUCUUCUUCAUCAUCGAAACCCCAAUGGAUCUACGACGUCUUCAUCAACUUCAGGGGAGGAGACACUCGCAGGGACUUCGUCUCGCAUCUCUACUGCGCCCUCUCCAACGCCGGCGUCAACACUUUCUUCGACGACGAGAAUCUGCUCAAGGGAACGCCGCUGGAGGAGUUAACGCGAGCGAUCGAAGCCUCUCAGAUUGCGAUCGUCGUUUUCUCCGAAACCUACACCGAAUCUACUUGGUGCCUCACCGAGCUUGAGAAAAUCAUCGAUUGCCACGAAUCCUACGGCCAAAUCGUUGUGCCCAUAUUCCACGGCAUCGAGCCGUCCAUUCUACGCAAUCCCAAGGGUCGUUUUCGUGAUGCUUUGGAAGCUGCUGCGCAGAAGAAGUAUUCCGCAGAGCAUAGCGAGUACGGGUUGUCGAGAUGGAAAAACGUGCUCAACAAAGCUGCAAAUUUCUCUGGUUGGGAUGUCAAAAAUCACAGGAAUACAGCUAAACUAGUGAAGGAAAUUGUCGAGGACAUACUGACAAAACUAGACUACGCACUCUUGUCUAUAACUGAAUUUCCUGUUGGAUUGGAAUCCCGUGUGCAAGAAGUGGUUGGAAUUGUAGAAAAUCAAUCCGCCAAGGUUUGUAUCAUUGGAAUAUGGGGAAUGGGAGGGUCGGGCAAAACUACGAUGGCCAAAGCCAUCUACAAUCAAAUCCAUCGUAGGUUCAAUGAUAAGAGUUUCAUUGAAAAUAUUAGGGAGGUUCGUGAAAUAGAUGGAAGAGGGAAUGUUCACUUACAAGAACAACUUCUUUCAGAUGUCCUAAAAACAAAGGUCAAGAUACAUAGUGUUGGGAUGGGAACAACUAUGAUCGAAAAUAGACUUUCUAGAAAGAAGGUGUUCAUUGUACUUGAUGAUGUGAAUGACUUUGGCCAAUUAAAAGACCUAUGUGGAAAUCAGAAAUGGUUUGGUAAGGAAAGUGUAAUAAUCAUUACAACUAGAGAUCUACACCUACUUGACCUACUUAAAGUUGAUUAUGUUUAUAAAAUGGAGGAAAUGGACAAAAAUGAGUCCCUUGAGCUUUUUAGUUGGCAUGCUUUCAGAGAAGCAAAACCAAGAGAAGAUUUUGACGAGCUCGCAAGAAAUGUAGUUGCUUAUUGUGGAGGUCUACCACUAGCUCUUGAAGUCCUUGGUUCUUAUUUAAUAGAAAGGACAAAGAAAGAUUGGGAAAGUGUAUUGUUAAAACUAGAAAGAAUUCCCAAUGAUAAAGUUCAAGAGAAAUUAAGAAUAAGCUUUGAUGGUUUAUGCGAUGAAAUGGAAAAGGAUAUAUUUCUUGAUGUAUGUUGUUUCUUUAUUGGUAAAGAUAGAGCCUAUGUUACAGAGAUACUAAAUGGUUGUGGGCUACAUGCUGACAUUGGAAUAACAGUCCUCAUUGAGCGUAGUCUCUUAAAAGUUGAAAAGAACAACAAACUUGGAAUGCAUCAAUUGCUGCGGGACAUGGGGAGAGAGAUAAUUUGUGAGAGUUCAAGGAAGGAUCCUGGGAAGCGGAGUCGAUUGUGGUUUCAUGAGGAUGUACUUGACGUAUUGACAAAGAAUACUGGAACUGAAACUAUUGAGGGAUUGGCUCUGAAAUUGCAUUUCAUCGGCAAAGAUUGCUUCAAAGCUUAUGCUUUUGAGGAAAUGAAGAGAUUGAGACUGUUGCAACUUGAUCAUGUACAGCUUACUGGAAAUUAUGGUUAUCUUUCUAAGCAACUGAGGUGGAUCUGUUGGCAAGGAUUUCCUUCAAAAUACAUACCUAAAAGUUUUUAUCUGGACGGUGCAGUUGUGAUUGAUUUAAAACACAGUAAUCUGCAACUUUUCUGGAAAGAACCUCAGGUUUUAGGGUGGCUAAAAAUCCUCAAUCUUAGUCACUCCAAGUACUUGACUGUAACCCCUGACUUUUCAAAACUACCGAAACUUGAAAAGCUUAUUCUCAAAGAUUGCCCACGUUUGUGCAAGGUACACAAGUCCAUUGGAGGUCUCCGCAAUCUUCUACUGAUAAAUUUAAAGGACUGUAAAAGUCUUGAAAAUCUGCCAAAGGGAGUUUAUAAGUUGAAAUCGGUAAAAACUCUCAUCCUUUCAGGUUGUUCGAAGAUUGACAAAUUAGAAGAAGAUAUAGUGCAGAUGGAAUCCUUGAUAACACUAAUUGCUGAAAAUACUGCUAUGAAACAAGUGCCCUUUUCAAUAGUAAAGUCAAAAAGCAUUGGUUAUAUAUCCCUAUGUGGAUUUGAAGGAUUUUCUCGUAAUGUUUUCCCUUCUAUCAUUCGUUCUUGGAUGUCACCAACAAUGAAUCCCCUAUCUUAUGUUCGUCCAUUUUGUAGCACAUCGUCAUAUCUAGUUUCCAUGGAUAUGCGAAGUUAUAAUUUGGGUGAUCUUGAACCAAUGCUUAGCGGCCUUUCAAAUCUACGAAGUGUUUUGGUUCAAUGUGACAGAGAGUCUCAAGUUUCUAUGCAAGUAAGAACAAUUUUGGACGACAGUGUAAAUUUUACACAAUUUGAAAUAACAUCACAAAUAUCAAAUCAUUACCUUAGGUCUUAUUUGAUUGGAAUCGGAAGUUAUCAAGAAGUCUUCAAUAUUCUAAGCGCUAGCAUAUCUGAGGGAUUGGCAACCAGUGAUUCUUGUGAUGCUUUUCUCCCUGGUGACAAUGAUCCUUUUUGGUUGGCCCAUAUGGGUGAGGGAAAUUCAGUGUAUUUCACGGUGCCUGAGGAUUGUCGCAUGAAAGGAAUGACUUUGUGUGUAGUUUAUUUAUCAGCCCCUGAAAUCACAGCAACUGAAUAUCUUAUUAGUGUUUUGAUGGUUAAUUACACAAGGUACACUAUCCAGGUAUUCAAGCGAGAGACGGUAUUUUCCUUUAAUGAUGUAGAUUGGCAGGGCAUAAUAUCACAUUGGAGCCCUGGAGACAAGGUGGAGAUUUUUGUGAAUUUUGGCAAUGGAUUGGAGGUCAAGAAGACAGCUAUCUAUCUGAUGUGUGAUGAAUCAAUUGACAAGGAACACAACCCUUCUCCUGAGCCAAAGAAGGAACCAAAGAAAAACGUCUUUGAAAGAUUUAUAAAGAAAAUUUUAAUAUAAGAUUCCAGGAAGGUAGAGGCUUCAGCCAAUUUGCCUGGGCAGCCAAAGUCAGUCUGGGAUUCCUAUUCUUAUUCUUGGGGAGAGGAGGGAUAUCUAUGUUACAUUGAUGCAUUUGAGAUAUUCAUUAAUAACAUUCCUCAAUCUUUCCUACUCGUUGUGCUAGCCUCAUGGUUUCUCAAGGACGAGCUUGAUCAGUUAUGAUUGCUGCUUACGAAAACUAGUUGCAAGCAUUGUCGGCUGUUUAUCCAUAUACCUUCGUCUCUACAUAGAGGUACCUCAGCCUGUGUGUGCAUACAUUACCAAUUCACAAGAAAACUUCCUCGGAAUCCGAUUCUUCAAUCUUUUAAACUUCACAUAGGAGAAAUGGCUAUAAUACCCAACGAACCAGCUUUUCUAUCCUAGACUUGCACAAUAGUAUCAUGUUGUAUCAAGCUUAUCAGAAUCACAAGUAUCAAGGGGGUUCCAAUCUAAAUUUAAGGUGAUGAUUGCGCACUCCCUUCUCUAUAUGCCUGUGUGCUCUGUUCAGGUCCUAAAUUUGAUAUUAUGCUUACCCAAUCUUCAUGACUAAAGGACAUUGUUGCCGUUUGCUUGUAUAUCUGAAUGGUGUUCUUUGUGUAAUUAAAGAGGAAUAUACUAGCAAGACUUUCAGUUGCCAUGUUAUCGGGUGUUGAUGAACAAAUAACACACAGAAUCAUCCCCUUCAUCGGGAAAUCACUACCAUCAGGCACUUGAAAAGAAGUGCAACCAGCUUCCAUGUGUUAUUUUUGUAAACGAACUCUGUCUUCUUGCAUCGCCAUCAUCCACAAAGAAACAUUUAAACCACUCUCAACCUCUUGAAAAGUUGAAGGCUCUCCUUCAUUCAAAAGACAAUACACAUCAUGGCUUGUCAUAACAUAUUGUAAAUGCUCAAAUGGUUUAACCUUUUCUCAUGUUGAUAGUUGGAGUCCUCCAUUACUAGCCUCAUUUGGCUUUUGUUCUUCAUGCUCUUGUUCUGACUAAGAAGAAUCAUCCAAAGGCUCUUUAUUUGUACCAUGGUACUAUCCUUUGUAAAGUUGUCGUUUUUGUACUUAUUUUUCAGUUAAUUGUCUGCAAAGCCCACAUCCCUACUAACAACAACCUUGUGGGGAAUGGGAUCUCACAAGUGAUACCCUUUCACAUUGUCAGCAUAAACCAAUAAUAUAUAUUCUAAAUUUUUGAUCUAGAUUUUCUCUUUCUUGGGAGUCGUACAUCACGUAUAGAUGACAACCAAAUACAUAUAAAAAGAAUAAUGAACCGAUUCAAAAUUUCUCAUCUCUAUUGGGGCCUUCAAACCUAUCAUGGUUGACGGUGUUUGAUUUAUCACCUAAGUGGUGAUUUUAACUACUUUUUUCCCAAAAGACAUAGUUAUAUUCAACGUAGUUCUUGUUCUAUACAUGAAAGUUAUAUUCAUUCACUUUAUCACACCAUAUUUUUGAGGUGUAUAUGAAACAUAAAAUUGUCAUGUAAUAGCUUCUUACUUGUAUAAUGGUAUUGAAAACACAUUUGACUUCCUCUUGAUAGGGUACACCCAUAAUCACUACAAUCACUUAGAGUAAUCAUCAAUUUAUGAUACAAAAUAUUUUGCUCCUCCAAGGGAUAAUAUCGAUGAUUCUUUCUCACACAUAAAAAUGAAUCAUGUGUAAUAUGUGCUCAUUUCUGGUAGCUCUAGCAAACUUCAAUCUAUGUUGCUUGCUUAUCAUAAUGCCCAUAAAUGUAAAACAACUUCUUUGAAUCUUUUUGACCUUGUUCUAAAUAUGAUCAAGUCUAUGAUGUUGUAUCAUUUGCUUCUUGCAACAAAUCUCCCAAAAGCAUGUAUAAAUUUGCCAUGAUAUUUUGCUUUCAUCACUACUAGAUGCACCCUCACCUCUUUUAAGAUUUCACUUUUAGCAUGGAUCUUACAACUGAGGUCAUUUAAUUUCCCAACAAACAAUAGAUUCUUCUUCAAGUCUUUUUCAUGUCAUACCCUUGAACUGUGUGUAUACUUUCAUUGUCCAUUUUUAUUUUGAUAGUAUUGACUCCAACAAUCUCUAAAGCAUGAUCAUUACAGAUCCACCUGAGGUAUAGGUAGGUUCAUAAAGUUAAAACUAAUCCCUGUGUAAAGUCAUGCACAAUGUUGCACCUAAAUUCACUAUUCACCUAUCAUGUCAUUGUUUUGCACUAUUAGAGUUAAUUAUUGCUUCACUCACUAGAAUAUCUCCCUCUUUUGAGGUACUUGCAACAUAACCUUGUGAGGUUGAUGCUUCAAGUUCUUUCCUCCGCUCUUCUUACGCCAAUAAUCUUUCUUUGCAUGUCCUCUCUUGUCACAAUGGUAGCAUUUGAGAUGCUUCUUACAUAGAAACUUUGAUCUACCAUGAGUUUAACUCCCACUAGAGUCAUGUCCUAUUGAUCUACCUCUCAUCAUCCUCAAAGCCUCUUCUUACUUUGAACUUUCUAUCAACAUCCUCAAAGUGCAAAGUGUAGGUGUCCUUUAAUAUUGUUAUUUUUUAUAUUGACGAUGAGUUGAUCAUACAAAUUAGGUAAAUUCUGAAGUAGAAUCUCCAUAAGUUCAUUUUCAACAUUGUUGAAAUUUUCCACUCAUACAAUUUGACAAGUGUCCCAAAUCUUCUUCAUAGUAGUCUUCUCCGUAGUGCUAGAUAGCAUUGCGGUUAAUUUCUUUCCACCUUUGAUUCGUGAUACCCAUGGGUCUUUCUUCAACUGCAUCUGCACAAUUGUCAACUUCUCUAUCUCAUAUUUUGCUGAUUAUGCAUUUUUUGCUAGGACUAGUAUUGUUUACUAGAAUAACAAUGAAAAUAGACCGUGAACCAAUAUAUUAGGUAUGUUUCCGGUGGGUCACCAAUGGACACUUAAAUACAAGGUAGGUCACCAAUAGACAACUUUCUUAGACAUGAACUUUCACACUACUACAAUCUAUAUCCAGUAACAAGAAUAAUUUUGUUCUGAUGCUAAAGAUCAGACUAGCUACAAUCACAGUACAUUGAUUUUUCUAUAACGCGGUGAAAUACAAUCAGGCACACAACAAUAUUCUAGUGAAAAUAACAGCGAAAUACAAUCAGGAAGACACCCUCUCCUGGAAAUCAGAAAAACAGUUACGAGGAGAAAAUAUUUUUCUUCUUUUCUCUGAAACACUAGAGUUCUGAAAAAAUGGAAUAGGUUUUGGUGUCUUACAAAACAAAUAUGUGCUCAUUCUAUAGCAAGAAAAGUAAGCAUCAAAAUGAAAUUUUCUCAAUGUGGGACUUCUCUACUGGCAAUUUUUUAUUAGAUUCAAUUUGUAAUACAAGUGACAGAGCAGUGUUCCCAACCAAGCUAAAUGCCAAACAA